CCCGGCUGGCUACGAAGCUCGUUUGACAGCAAAAACAAACACGCGUGUCCUUGUUUUUAUUGAACUCUAAAUGAAGUCAAAUGCUCACUACUCGCAGUUUCCGACUGCGCUCCUUUUGCCGCCGUGUAGUUCUCUGCAGCGGAGAAUGGAGGACACUCACGGGACACCGUGUUUAUCCCACACAGGCGCUACACUGGGCACCGGUAGCGCCAUCACGCCUCUAUCACAGGGAUUUAGGACAAUUGUACAAGACCGAGUCCCUCCAGAGGCAUCUCCGGCAGCUCGUGGAGGAGUUAAGAGACAUUAACCGGAAGUUACAGCGCCCGUACGUCAGCGAGUCGGACAGAAAAGAGCUCUCAAAGAGGCGCACGGCGCUGCUGCCUCUGGCCACUGCGUUUGAGAGGAGCGAACAGGCCGCUGCAGAGCUCCAGGAGGUCAUCUCACUGCUGCAGAGUUCAGCCGGCACCAAAGAUGAAGAUGAACAACUGACCCAGCUGUUGAAAGAGGAGGAAGGACACGUCUCCUGCAAACUGUCGGCCUUAAGGACAGCUUUGGUCAAAGCCCUCGUGCCCACCGACCCUCUCGACUCCAGUAAUAUUCUGCUGGAGGUUGUAUCCGGGCGGACAACAGGAGGUGACAUCUGCCAGCAGUUCACCGGCGAAGUGUUCGACAUGUACCAGGGGUUUGCCUCCUACAAGAACUGGGACUUUGAUCUUCUGAACUACACGCCUGCUGAGGUCGGUGGUUUGCACCAUGCAGCAGUGAGAAUAGCCGGGGACGAUGUGUACAGGCAUCUGAAGCACGAAGGAGGAACUCACCGGGUGCAGAGGAUCCCUGAGGUGGGCCUCUCCUCCCGGAUGCAGCGUAUCCACACGGGCACCAUGACCGUCAUCAUCUUGCCUCAGCCGGUGCAGUUUGACGUCCACGUCAAUCCAAAGGAUCUCCGCAUCGACACGUUCCGAUCUCGAGGGGCCGGGGGCCAAAGCGUCAACACGACCGACAGCGCAGUGCGCAUCGUUCAUCUUCCCACCGGAAUAACGGCCGAAUGUCAGCAGACUCGCUCCCAGCUGCAAAACAGAGACACCGCCAUGCGUGUGCUGAAGGCCAGGCUGUACCAGAGCAUGAUGGGUAAAGACAUCGAGCAGAGGAACACGGCUCGGAAGCAGCAGGUGGGCACACGCUCUCAGUCUGAGAGGAUUCGUACUUACAACUUCAGCCAGGAUCGUGUCACGGACCACAGGACUGGAUACGUCACCAGAGAUAUUAAGGAGUUCAUGAGAGGAGGGGAGGCUCUCUGCGAUCUGAUCUGUGAUGUACUGGAACACGCAGAGCGGGAGGCUCUUCUGGAGGUGGUGGAGAGCAGCAGGAGUCUGAAACCACCAGAGUCUGGACCCGCUGCAGACUGACGCGGCUCAGAACAUGCAGUUUGUCAUUUGGUAGAUGCAGCUCUCCAACACAUGUCUGCACAAAUAACAGUAUUUAAAUUUGAAUAUACGGGCAAUACAUUGCAAAUUCAAUGCAUUUCACUCAUACGUAAGAUGUUUUUAUUUUUCUAAUAAAAUAUUAAAUAAUG